CUGAGGGGGCUCGGGGCGGUGUUGGGCAGGGGCUGCACACGCAAGGGCCAUCGGAACGAAGGGUGCAGGGCGGCGCACCCUCCAGCACAGGGCAGGGCGCGGGGUCCCACAAGCCGACCCACGCCCCUCGGAGCCUUCGGGAGAGACAGUGUGUUCUCCAUCAAUGACAGGACUAUAGAAUGGUGCCCCUAAAUGGAAAGAGACUACAGGACUGCUCAGAGAGGAUGAAAAACAAGCAAAGCUUCUGAAGAGUCAAGAGGAAUAACAUGAACCUCUGGGCUCAUAGAGGACAUAGGGAUGGCUGUUCUUGUUCUGGGCCUCCCAACUCCCGAGGUGAAUACUGAGACCGCAAAUGUGUCCAGAGAUAGCCUAAAGAGGCUGAGGAGCUGAGGAGCCCUAGGGCACCCAGAAGGAGAUUCCUGAAGCCAACGCGGACCCAGAGGAAUUUGCCGGGUAUUUGAGUGUCCUCCAAUUCUUCCCCACCUGAAUCCCUGUUGCGAUGGAGACCACCAAUGGGACUGAGACCUGGUAUCACAGUCUGCAUGCUGUUCUGAAGGCUCUAAAUGCCACUCUUCACAGCAACUUGCUCUGCCGGCCAGGGCCAGACAACCUGACUGAGGAGCGGCGGGCUAACCUUCCUGGCCGCGACGACAACUCCUACAUGUACAUUCUCUUCGUCAUGUUCCUAUUUGCUGCCACUGUGGGCAGUCUCAUCCUGGGAUAUACCCGCUCCCGCAAAGUGGACAAGCGCAGUGACCCCUACCACGUGUACAUCAAGAACCGUGUGACUGUGAUCUGAUGUGAGGAACCGGGGUGGCUGAAGAUCAAGACAGCUGGGGAUUGUCUUCUGGGGCCUCCAGAACUCAGCCACGGAUCACAUCAGGCCUCUGUUCCUUUCUGUAAGAUCAACAAGAAACGGUGCUAGAGGAUGCCAUCACUGGGCUGGGAGGAGAGGGGCCUUGUGGAACAGGACUUUUUUCCAUCAAAGAUAGACUUGAUAGACAGUGGGAACUAUGGGCAAUCAUAUAGAAGUAGCAAAAGAUAAUAACCAAUGACUGGUCCUGUGGCUGGAGUAUUGGGGGCUGGAGGUUUUGGACUUGAGGAAGGGGAAAAGGAAGUUGUAGCAGAGGGUAAUAAAACAAGAAGAUGUACUGAG